AUGGUUCGAAAGCCCAGUGAGAACACUCACCACCAUCCUGGGGAAGCCGCCGUCAUCUCUGGUUUGAGCUACUGUACUAGCUCCACCAAACAACACCUGGCUUUUGGAGGGCGCCGGGGUCAUGUGGCCACCCUUGACUGGGUAACAAAGAGGCUCAUGUGCGAGAUCAACGUCAUGGAGGCAGUGUGGGACAUCCGGUUUCUGCAUUCAGAGGCACUGUUUGCUGUCGCUCAGAAUCGUUGGCUUCACAUCUAUGACAACCAGGGCAUCGAGCUCCACUGUAUCCGCCGCUGUGACCGUGUCAUGCGGCUUGAGUUCCUGCCUUUUCACUUCCUUCUGGCCACAGCCUCAGAGACAGGGUUUCUGACCUACCUGGAUGUGUCAGUGGGAAAGAUCGUGGCAGCUCUGAAUGCUCGGGCUGGACGGCUGGAUGUCAUGACUAAGAACCCUUACAAUGCCGUUAUCCAUCUCGGACACAGCAACGGGACUGUGUCCUUAUGGAGUCCAGCCAUGAAGGAGCCACUGGCAAAGAUUCUCUGUCAUCGUGGAGGGGUCCGGGCUGUGGCAGUAGAUUCUACAGGCACGUACAUGGCCACCUCUGGCCUGGACCACCAGCUGAAGAUCUUUGAUUUACGAGGGACGUUCCAGCCUCUGAGUGCUCGGACCCUGCCCCAGGGAGCAGGGCAUCUGGUCUUUUCCCAGCGGGGACUGCUGGCUGCAGGCAUGGGUGACGUGGUCAACAUAUGGGCAGGGCAGGGCAAGGCCAGCCUGCCCUCCCUGGAGCAGCCUUACCUCACCCACCGGCUCUCAGGCCACGUGCAUGGCCUUCACUUCUGCCCCUUUGAAGACGUGCUGGGGGUGGGGCACACUGGAGGCAUCACCAGCAUGCUGGUACCUGGGGCUGCUGAGCCCAACUUUGACGGCCUGGAGAGUAACCCUUACAGGAGCCAAAAGCAGCGCCAGGAGUGGGAGGUGAAGGCCCUGCUGGAGAAGGUACCUGCAGAGCUCAUUUGUCUGGACCCACGAGCCCUGGCAGAGGUUGAUGUCAUCUCUUUGGAGCAAGAAAAGAAGGAGCGGAUAGAGAGGCUGGGCUACGACCCCGAGGCCAAGGCUCCUUUCCAGCCAAAGCCAAAGCAGAAGGGCCGCAGUUCUACAGCAAGCCUGGUGAAGAGGAAGAGGAAGGUCAUGGAUGAGGAGCACCGGGAUAAAGUCCGACAGAGCCUUGAGCAGCAGCCGCAGAAGCAAGAGAAGAAGGCCAAGCCCACGAGGGCCCGACCAUCUGCCCUGGACAGAUUUCUGCGCUGAGCCGUGCCCAAGGAUGGGCCUGAGAGCAACACUUUCCCCCUCGACUGCCCGUGGGGAAAUGACCCUAUUCCUUGGAAUAAGGAGGGGGCAGUAUGCCCCUUCCCCAGCUGGGUAGGGACAGCUGGCUCCUGGGCUGGGUUGGGAUUAAAAAAGGUGGGGUUUUUUUGGAUAAUGUGUCUAGAUCAUUCUUAGGACCUGUUCCCCUCCCUUUGCCCAGGAUGGGACUACUCUAGGAUCUGAGGGGUC